CGGGCCGGGGCGGGCCGGGGCAGAGCUUGUACUCCUCUGUCCGGGUUAGUGACGGGCUUGACGACUGAGGGGCUCACACCAUGAGUGAGGCGGAGGGGUUGCGGCAGCGGCGGCCCUUGCGGCCACAGGUCGUCACGGACGAUGGCCAGGCACCCGAGGCCAAGGACGGCAGCUCUUUUAGUGGCCGUGUGUUCCGAGUGACCUUCUUGAUGCUGGCUGUCUCCCUCACCGUUCCCCUUCUUGGAGCCAUGCUGCUCCUGGAGUCUCCCAUAGACCCACAGCCUCUCAGCUUCAAAGAACCCCCUCUCUUGCUUGGUGUUCUGCAACCAAAUACGAAGUUACAACAGGCGGAAAGGCUGUUUGAAAAUCAACUUAUUGGGCCAGAGUCCAUAGCAAAUAUUGGGGAUGUGAUGUUUACUGGUACAGCAGAUGGCCGGAUCGUAAAACUUGAAAAUGGUGAAAUAGACACCAUCGCUCGGCUUGGUUCAGGCCCAUGCAAAACCCGAGAUGAUGAGCCUGCUUGUGGGAGGCCCCUGGGCAUCCGGGCGGGGCCCAAUGGAACCCUUUUUGUGGCUGAUGCAUAUAAGGGACUAUUUGAAGUUAAUCCCUGGAACCGUGAAGUGAAACUGCUGAUCUCCUCUGAGACACCCAUUGAGGGGAGGAAAAUGUCCUUUGUGAAUGAUCUUACAAUAACUCAGGAUGGGAGGAAGAUUUAUUUUACGGAUUCUAGCAGCAAAUGGCAAAGACGAGAUUACCUGCUUCUGGUUAUGGAGGGAACGGAUGAUGGGCGCCUACUAGAGUAUGACACAGAGACCAAGGAAGUGAAGGUUUUACUGGACCAGUUGCGGUUCCCUAAUGGAGUGCAGCUUUCUCCCACAGAGGACUUUGUACUGGUGGCGGAGACGACAAUGGCAAGGAUAAGAAGAUUCUACCUGUCAGGCUUGAUGAAGGGAGGGGCUGAUCUGUUCGUGGAGAACCUGCCUGGAUUUCCAGACAACAUCCGACCUAGCAGCUCCGGAGGGUACUGGGUCGGCAUGGCAACCAUUCGCUCCAACCCUGGGUUUUCUAUGUUGGAUUUCUUAUCUGAGAGACCCUUUAUAAAAAGAAUGAUUUUUAAGCUGUUUAGUCAGGAGACUGUGAUGAAGUUUGUACCACGGUACAGCCUUGUUCUAGAACUCAGCGACAGCGGGGCCUUCCGGAGAAGCUUGCAUGAUCCCAACGGGCAAGUGGUUUCCUACAUCAGCGAAGUGCACGAGCACGAUGGCCACCUAUACCUGGGCUCCUUCAGGGCCCCCUUCCUUUGCAGACUCAGCCUCCAGUCUGUUUAGCAGCCUUGACCGUGGCUGUGCCAGGAGUCCUCACACUGGGCACCACCACUGGUCCAGGAGAUCCCGUGCACACAGCCCUUUCUUCCUGCACCUGCCAGUCCUUGGACAUGGACAUUGGAAGUGGACAGUGAGACCCUGUGGAUAUCUGGGUCCCUGUGGGAUACCCCUCACCUGGGUUUCACAUUGCAGCUAGAGGGAAGCAUAACUUGCCACAGGGAAGAUAAAUCCAUGUUAAACCAUUUUCUCUUUAAAAACCUUUCUAAGUACAGUGAUUCUCUAGGACUUAUAGUAGGCCUCAGGGUUUGGUGGAUAGAACAGUAGAUGAGAUGUCCAGGGAUCUUGUUUUCACUACUGCUGUCCUGCCAGCCUAGUACCUUUACUAUAAAAUGCAGUAAUACCUGUCUUUGGGGGUGGGGCACAGGAAGGGCAAGGAGACCUCAGCGCAAAAGUGUGGAGGCUGGUGGGUAGAGCUGUAUUCUCUAGAGCCGUAUGGGACGUGGGCCCUUGAUCCUGUGUGUUCCCUUCUAUAGCUCGCCCCCUCCAGCCUACUUCAGUUCAGCCCCACUCUGAACCACAGCGUUUUCAAGACUCCUGAGUCCCCAUCAACCAUUUAAAGACAAGGACCUGAGUAAGUGGAUAGAGGCAUGUUGAUCCCAGGAGCUCAGAAUGGACCUGCUGGACUUUGUGAAUAAUCUCCCACAUCGAUGGAAUGAUCCAGCAGUUGGAUACUGCAGGGCAGGAUCUAGGGGAGUCCUGUUGACACCCCUUUGUUCUUUACCUAUAGACUAGUAGAUGAAUAGUGCACAUUUUAAUAUCAUUUGCUGGAGUGUCACAAGCCCGAAAUUGCUAUAUAUCCUGACAGGUAUGUACAAACCAGUCCUAAUUUUGUCAGGGGGACCUGUAUAAUAAUGAUAAUUAAAUUGAUUUUUCUGCUCAUUAACCUUUUCUGAUGGUGUUGCCUGGGAGUUUCUUCUCUAAUAUAAUUAGGUUGGUGAAUGGAGUUUGAUUCCAUUGCGGGCUGAUAGGAGGAUCCUUUUGGCCAGGACCUUGCUUAGGGACAAGCUGUCCAUCUGGCUUGCUCAGUGUCCCUCACAGGGAAGCUGCCUCCGGCCGUCCCCUCGUGGUGGUGCUUCAUUCCGGCAAGUCGAUAUUACACUGUGUUCCUACUUCCGGCCCACAGAAUGGGGCUGAUACCUGCUCCUUUCUGUCCUGGCUGUUUGUGAGAAUACCUAAGACACUGUGUCUCUGGAAUCGUUUUCAGUCACUUGACAAGGAAAUAUUUUAAAUAGGCAAUGAUGACUGUGGUAAAACCUUUACUGCUUGUGCGGUGUCGCACUGGCUGGCAACAACCCAUCUGCUCCCUCUCCCGACCAUGGCCCCCAUCCCCUGCGCUGGCCUGGCCUCAUUGUAGGGGAAAGAGUCAGGAUCUGAAGGUUGGCUCCUCUGUUGUGUUUCGUGCUCAGGGAUAGCUUUAAGUGCAGCAACAGUGGGACAGAGCCGGAGACCGGCUUCAGUCCAGCCGGUGUGACCCAGAAUGUGUUAGGUCAACGACUCAAUGUUAUUUAUGUUACUUUAGGGGAAAGAAAAUUGCAUAUAGAUUAUGAAAUACUUUUGAAUGGAUGAUGGUGCACCCCAUAUAUCAGCUGUAUAGGAAUAAGGUAAAAAGUGAUCAUUCUGCCAUAAAAAACAAUUUAAAUGUGUGGAAUGUAUAAAAGCUGACUUCUUGAUUGAGAACAGAGGGCUUUGCUUUUUAAGUCCUUGCUUUUCACCAAGAUAAAGAAGCUGGUAAAUUGCUUUUCACAGUUUUUAGCAAAAGAGUCUUGAUUUUGACUUAGAUGUUGAUUUUCUGUCUCAACGUGUCACUUCCUGUGUUUUAUCUGGUAAUUGCCAUGCUGAGGUACAAAAUAUGGCCUCAUUAGGUUUAAAUAUGUGGUAUGGUUUUGUUGUAAACUUAAAGCAGAUUUGCCCUAAUGUGAAUUACUAACAUGCUUUUAAAAUUAAAUCAAGUGAUUCAUUCA